AGCUCCUGCCCAGAAAUGGCGGCUCUUUUGGAAUCGCUUCUGUCGAAGAAAGCGGAUAUUAAUAGGGUCUUGGACUGGCUAAAGAAUAUUGAGGAUGGUGACUGCCUGGCACUCAGUGAGCAUGGGGUGACAGUUCACAAGCAAGAAUUUGUCCCAUUUCUCUUAAACUUCCUGAGAGAGCAGAGCAGUAAAGCACUAACCCAUGGCCCUGCCACGCCAGCCAAGACCCCCAGCCGCCCCAAACCUGCUGCACAGACACAGGGCUUCGCUGACAGGAGGGCUUGCAGGUCUGCUGGUGGUGGAGCUGGUUCUCGGAGUGCCAGCCGGGUCCAGCUGUUUUCUCCUGCCGCCACUGUGUCACCUGGAAGUGAAUGCGAUGCGUCUGGUCAGUCAGGGUCCCGAAGUCUGAGUGGGGUUACAGCCUUCAGCAGUCCCUCCUUUACUACAUCAUGGAGUCCUGCCUCCAGGCCUUUAGGCUCUGAGCGCCGCACUAGCCAGAGGAUCAGUCUGGGGGACUACAUGGUUUCUCCUCCUGACCUCCAACCCAGCCCCAACUUACAGUCACAGAAGAGUCGCAGGAGAAGCGGUGGCAGCAUGCCGAUGGGGGGACAAGGAAGACAUGGGCGUGGAGGACAUCACAGUGAUGAGAUUGGACGGUGGGAGAGUGGGAGGAGGUCAGGUAGAGGAGGAGGUGGAGGAGGAGGGCAUGGUAGGAUAAGUGAGCAGGUUUCACCUCCAUCUGUGGGGCAGCUCAACUUCAGCAACUUGGAGGACUUCCCUCCUGUUGGGUCAUCACCCAUUUCACCUGCGGCAUCCAAACCAUCAAGAAGAAUAAACCCAACACCAGUCAGUGCAGAGCGGCCGCAGUCCAAACCAAAGACCUGCUUCACCUCCACCCCAUUCAGUAAACCUUCUACUCCCCCAUUAGCUGUAGAGGUGCUUGAGGGGUCAGGGACAGUGGGCAGUCCUCUGAGCCUGCAGGAAGAGAGGGAGCUACUGAAGAGGGAAAAGACAAAGCGUGCACAGCAGGUUGGCUCUCCUCUGCCGUCUGCUCUGGACCCUUGCACACCCACAAAGUCAGGGCUUCGGACGGGAUCUAAAGUUACACCAGAUCUGCAAACACCCUGUCCUGAACCAACCAAAGUCACCUUCUCUUUGGAACUGGAUCUUCUGGCAGAGCUGUACUGUACCUGCAUAUCUGAAAAUCUUGUGCCAAACAUUUUCCUGGAGCUUUUCUUUGUGAUGCAGUUGCUAACGUCACAGUCUCCUCAGACUCAUGAUGAUGAUGAUGAACAGGAAAGUUUGUGUGCAGCGAAUUCAGAUGUGCUGGAGAGAUGUUUCCUGAGAGAAGUACACAACUGUGUGUAUUUUGCUGUGAAGGUUCUGGAGAAUCAGUUUCAGUUGGUAGCUCAUUUGGACAAGUGUACCUUGCGCCUACUGGCAGAGAACGAAAGGGUGGCAUCUUUCUCUCCGGAUCUCAGGGACCGUCUGACCCAGGCCCAGGACAGAAGCUCAGCCAAGCUUUCUCCGUCAGUUUCCACUUUCAUCCACUCAGUCCCGUUCCAGCCUGCUACUGACAACCGGUCCAACUUCAGUAGCGACAAGGCCUUCCACACCUUUAAAAAACAGAGAGACAUUUUCUAUGAGGUGUUAAGAGAAUGGGAGGACUUUCACAAGGAACCAGGGUGGAACUUUGACGCUGCUCUCGGGAGUCGGAUAAGAGGAAUGAUGAGUCAGCUGACCUCUGCAGGAAACCACUCCCAUUUUGCCCGUCUGUUCCUGAAGCAGCUUGUUCAGAUGUGUAAAGGCCCCCGUGUUAACAGCUCUCCUGGGGAUACUCCCGACGCUGACCUGCUAGGCAUGCUGGGAGCCGACAGCCUGGGGCGUCUGAAGCGUCUUGAGGAGCGUCUCAUUCAGCCUCAUGGAGUCGUUGGCCCCUGCCCUCCUCCAUCCUUUCCUGGUCACCAGGAGUUCUUCAGAGACUUCCUGCAGAUAGCUAGCUGCUGCCAGCUGAACCAGCACCUGCAGGACAGCCUGUGUCAGCAGCUCCUCCAGCUGGAUGAGGUGUCCAUCCUGAGCCCUCCUGCUUCCACUGGGGAGGGAGAGGAGGAGGGAGACGGGGACAUGGAGCAGCAGGAUGAGAAGCAGCGCUUCACCUCCGUGCUGCUCCUCGCUCGUCUCUUGGCUAAGUUUCUGGGAUUCAUUUCCUUUCUGCCUUACCAAACAUCUGAGAGACCAUCGCGGGAGAUACAGGAAGCCGCUAUAGCCCUGCGCAGCAAGAGUGUUCCCGUCCUGGAUGUGUGUGCGGUGCUGAGUAACAGCAUGAGAAGGAGGCGCACCAUCCUGACUGUGCCCUGGCUGGUGGAGUUCCUCUCCAUGCUGGACUGCGUUGGUCCUCUGCUGCUCUGCUAUAGAACUGCAUUGGGCACAUUGCUUCUCCUGUACAGGAGAAUGCUGCUGGGCAGAUGUGGAGAAAUGUGUUACCUGAACAAGCUGCUGAUGGUGUCUGUGUUGGGUUGGCUUUUCCAGAUCCCAGUGAUUCCUGAGGACAUUUUCUUCACCAAUGAGUUCACUGAGGUGGCCAAGCUGGAGGACAGCAGCAAGACUGCUGCAGGGCUUGAUUGCAUUCCACUGGUGGAUCAGCAGCUUCUCUAUACAUGUUGUCCAUUUCUUGGUGAGUUCCGUAAGCUCCUGGCUGCCUUUGUGUCCGGAAGCACGGCCAAGAGUGGAGGGAUCAUCCGCAAGAUCACUCCCACUUCUGCUGAGCCGAGGGAUACGCCAGCUGCACACAGGUCGCAGCAGAAACUACAGGUGGACCUGGAGCAGGCCUUCUUUCACAACCAGCCUCCCUCGCUGCGCCGCACCGUGGAGUUUGUAGCUGAGAGAGUCGGAUCCAACGCCGUCAAGCAUAUGAAGGCCACAUUAGUGAGUGAGCUGGUGGAGCGAGGUGAGAAGAUGCUGAGAGAUGGACUGGAGUCUGCCAACUCAAACCCUUCAAAACUGAAUGACUCCAUCUGCGCUCAGUUGUGUGUCGCGGGAUUGGAGGCCCUGGCCAAAGCCACCAGAUUCUGCUGUGAGAAGAGUCCUGAGGCCAUACGAAUCCUGCUCCCCGAUGAGACCUCCCCUGCCGUCCUGACCACAUCUGAAAACAUAACCAAACGUCUCGCAACAGAGAAAGCCUGCAGCUGGCUCUCUGCCAACAUCACAGCCCUGAUAAGACGGGAGUGGAAGAGCAGGUGUGAUCGCGUGAUGAAGGCUGUGGGAAGCCCAGUGCCUCCAGACUCGGGGGAUUUGGAGGGGGCUGUGAUUGAGCUGGUCACCCCGGAGCAGUCGACUACUCCCAAGAGGAAACGAGGAAGUGAGAGAGUUGCGUUCUGCCCUCCACACUGCAGCCACAGCGCUUCAUUGCCCUCUGACGUCCUCAUUGAGAUGAAGGAGUUGCUGAGCAUUGCAGUAGGCCCCAGGGCUGACGAGGAGCUGCCGACUGGCUCUCAGAUCAAAACGCUGCUGCAGAGAGUGGGAGACACUCUGGCCUGCAGAAAGUUUUCAACUGUGUUGUCAGAUCAGAUGCUACUGAACUCUACUGUCCUGUUGGCCUGCAAACUGGUGUCUGCAGAGCUGCCCGUGCUGUCUCUAUCAGGGCGCAGUGGAGGUGACGGGGUUGUUGUGGGUCCUGGUUCAGGGUCAGAGCCUCCUGUCAGAGCGCUGCUGGAGCAGCUUGCUGAGCUGUGGGAAGGAGACUGCUGUUCCCCCACACCCCUCCACCUGCUCUUCGCCCCACUCACCGUCACAGCUGUGCUGAAGGCCGGCGACGCUGAGUGGAACAACUACCUGUUCCUGGUUAGAAGGCUGGUUGACAGAGGAGUCCUGAGCGAGGAGGAGGUCAUAUCUCAUUGGAAGAAGUUAACAAGCUUGGCCUUGCCAGCGAAGCUGAUAGAAAAUUUUCAGCUGCAGUCACAGAGCAUUAAACCUCCCUUGCCUCUGGCUGAGCUGCAAAGCCGCAUGGACAUGCUGCAGGUCUCUCAACAGACAGUAGAGGGAGCUACGUGACAGCUGUGAUACUGCCCAGUGUCCCACAGCAUCUUUUGUGUGAUCGCCACAGUGUUUUAUGCCACAUCUGUCAAUGUGUUCUGUUCAAGAAAGAGACCGUUCUGGAUGACUUCUUGUUGUUGACCAUUUUUCGAGUUGCCACUGCGCAGCCCGUCAAAGCUGCUCCACAGUCAGCCUCAGCACUUUGCAAGCUUCAGACUUUUGUUCUGCACCUGUGAAGUGACAGCAGCCUUUCGUGAAUCCCUCUGCCCUUUUGCUAAGACACAUUGAGAACCAGAAAGCCCUGCCAGUCAGAAGUAGCCAGGGACCAUGCCAUCUCACACCUAUGGUCUGUUCAGCCUUCCUACAAGCAAACCUGGUUGAUGAUUGUACUUGAAGGGAAAUGCUAUUAGAUGAAGCAUUUCAAACACUCAAGAGCUUAGAAAAGAGUUCGCAAAGACACGAGAAGGGGCAGCACUGUGCAACUUCAGACCUCGGCUCAUUAAAACAUAACUGUGGGCCCAAUUUUUACAUAAAGUAAUCCUUCAAACAAGCCAUAGUUUGUCAGAAAACACUUGCCACAAAUGAGCUGAAAAAUGUAGGUGUUUUUGUUGGAUUUUAGAGCCACCAGAAGAAAUAAAUGUUUUGAUUUUAAUGCAGCACUUUCACACACUGCCUUUGACCGCCACAACUAGUGACUGCACGUGCAUUUCAUGAAUGCGAGACUGCAUAUGGGUUGUUUAUGUUCAUGUUGAACGAGCGCCGUACUCCCUGCUGCUUUUAAAUUGAAAUAUUUUAUAUAUUGCCACAAAGUUGAAAAAUCUAACAAUAAAGAUGUA